AGCUGGAACAUUUUGUUUGUGAAGGUAAAUUAGUCCCUACAGCUGGACAAUCGGUAGCACUAAGCUAGCGUUCUCAUUAUCAAGAGCAAAGUAUUCAACUUUUAACAGGCUGGCGUUUAAACUCCGCGAACAUCAGCUAGGCAGACGUAAGGACGUCAGACUUUUUUAGUUUAGAGUUUAAGUAAUGAGCGAUAAAGACGUCCUUCCUUCAUGCUUACUUUCAACAAAAAAGAAAUUAUGGAUAUUUGCGACGGGAAGAAGAGGAAACAGGUAAGCGGCGGUGUGCGGGGCUGCAGACGGAGUGUGGCCGUAAAGAUGAAGCGGGAGGUGGGUAAAGUCCUCCGCUCCCUGACGGUGGAGGACAAUAAUCGCACGGAGCCCAUGGAGGAAGAAGAGGACGACGACUGCUUCUCCAUUGGUUUCCUUCGGAAUGACCGACCGGAGCCCGCCGUGGCGGUGUCUCCACGUUACAGCCUGCUGCGGGAGGUUGGCCGAGGAAGCUACGGGGUGGUGUAUGAGGCCAUAGCUCGGAAAACAGGGGCCAGGGUGGCGGUGAAGAGGCUCCAAUGCGACGCCCCGGAAAACGUAGAGCUGGCUUUGGCCGAGUUCUGGGCCCUGACGAGCCUGGAGAACCGACACCAGAAUGUGGUCCAGCUAGAGGAGUGUGUCCUGCAGAGGAAGGGCCUGGCUCAGAAGAUGAGCCAUGGCAACAAGAGGUCCAAACAGUACCUGCGCCUGGUGGAGACGUCACUCAAAGGGGAACGUAUCCUGGGUUACCCAGAGGAGCCGUGCUACCUCUGGUUCGUCAUGGAGUUUUGCGAGGGUGGGGAUCUCAAUCAGUACAUCCUGUCCCGCCGGCCUGACCCCCAGACCAACAGGAGCUUUAUGCGCCAGUUGACGAGUGCUGUAGCUUUUUUACACAAGAACAACAUCGUCCAUCGUGAUCUGAAGCCAGACAACAUCCUCAUCUCACAGAAAUCUGGCUCCCCUGUUCUCAAAGUGGCCGACUUUGGCCUCAGUAAGGUUUGUGCUGGCCUAAACUCAAAAAACAGUGAAGAACACCCUGCAGCAGGAGGGGGCGGCCGAGGCAGCAACCAGAACAACAUCAUCAACAUCAACAAGUUCUGGUUGUCAUCAGCUUGUGGCUCGGACUUCUACAUGGCCCCCGAGGUGUGGGAGGGCCACUACACAGCCAAGGCUGAUAUCUUCGCCCUGGGCAUCAUCAUCUGGGCGAUGAUUGAGCGGAUCACUUUCAUCGACGCAGAGUCCAAGCGUGAACUGCUGGGCACCUACAUACGGCAGGGCACAGAGAUUGUACCUGUCGGGGAGGCUCUGUUGGAGAACCCUAAAAUGGUUCUCCACAUCCCUCAGAAGGCCAGGAGCUCCAUGUCUGAAGGGGUGAAGAAACUCCUCCAGGACAUGCUUGCAGUCAACCCUCAGGACCGGCCAGAUGCCUUCCAGCUGGAGGUGCGGAUGGACCAAGUCACGUGUGCUGCAUGACAGCCCCUACCUUCCCUGAACCUCUCCUUUUUUACCCUAACCAGUCAAAGAAGGGACCCCUUUCCUUCCCAGAGAGGGAGGGCAGUCAGCAAAAUGAGCUGCUGAUCUGAUUAGUGAGAAUUAAAACCUGCAGGCUCCUCUGUGACACAGGACUCACCACCACUGGCUUAAAGGGAACACUGGCCGUGGGUAACCCAGGGGUGAGAGCAGCUUUGUUUACUACAUGGAUGUGGACUCCAGUGGAAAAAGGAACAAUGAUAAAGUGAACUGUGAAGAAUCCACAAUCAUGAUUUGAGCGGGAAGUGACGGACUGGCUAAUGAUUCCAAAACUCCUGGACAGGAACAGUAUGCAAACCAGACCACAACAGUGCACUUCCAGGACCAUCCAGUUCCAGUUACUGUCACCAUGGAGCUGAGGACAUUUAACGGGUGGAUAAUGUUGGUGUCUGAGCUGACUGGAUGUGAUAACCAGGUUUAUUUUUUAUUGUUGUUUAAUAUUUGUUUAUUUUUGUUCCCAAAAGCCCCAGUAUAGGCCUGCUCUUCAUCAACAUUUGUAAUGUACUUGGCUGUGGCACAGGUAAGGUACUGGACGUACCAGUAUCUUAAGGUCAAAGCUACAUUAUCCUGAUAAUAGCAUUUGAAUGAACAUCAGAUGACACCACCAGCUUGUCUACCCGCCCUGUACAACCCCGUGCCUUAGAGAUGAUUCACUCCAAGUGUGAUCGGAUCAUAAGAUAAAAUGAUGCUGAAGCUGCAAUUUACAAAAACUUAAAAUGAAGAUAUGGUCAUCACAGAUUUUGAGUCAGUGUCACAUGUAUGCUCAUGUAAAGAUGGUUUACAAGGAUAUUUCACAAAUCUGUGCCACACUCCAGAGGCAGAGGCUGAACAAAUAUGAAUAUGAACGUUUUUAUGUUGUUUUGAAGGUGUUGUGUAGAAUUCACACCUUAGAAUUAGCAGGCCUGUAUCGGCUCCAUACAAUAUUGUGCUAUUGCAACCAAACAGUGUCCAGCAGGGAAUUCAGAUUGGUUUUAUGUGGGUAUUUGUUCCUGUUGAAUCCAAAGAGCACCUGGUGGACAAAAUGUGUAUAUCUGUCUAUCGUCACUGCAAAGCUUAGUAUGAGUAUAUUUGCUAAAUUAAUGUAUGACCAAGAAACAAUCAUCAUCAUUGGGUAGGUUAACGGCUGUUUUUGUUAACUUUGUACUGAAUGUUUUUACAUUGAGGUAGAGUGUGGCAUUUUUGGACUUCUCACAAACUGAAAUACCACUUUGAAUACAGUUCAAGAUACCAAGUCAAUAGGUAACUAGGAAUCAUCUGUAAUCUAAGAGAUAUUGAGUAUUGCUCUGUAUUCUAUCUUAUGAUUUUGAAGGGUUCUGUUGGGUGUGAUAUGGACAUGGUUUAUUGGGCCAUUCUAUGAGAAUAGCCUUACACCUGAGCAGUAUUGAGACAUCUUUGACUGAAUCUUUCAUGAGUAUCUGAUUUGGAGGACUCUCGCAGGAAAUUUGAAGAUUUGCCAUCUGGAAACAAUUCCCUAAAGCAGCCACGGAAUACACAUCCUCACUGUCCCUUUCUUCCUUCCUUCCUUCCUCUCAUUACUGAAGUGCUUCAAAGUCUUUGCAGAGGCACGUAAUGUUGUGUAGAACACAUUCAGUUAGUUGCUGGUUGCAGCCUACUAUCUGUGUUGUGUGAGAAAAUUAUGGCUAGUUUGUGCUGUGAUUCCUGAAAAGCGAUCACUACAUGUGCACCCUGGGGAUAAACAAAAAUAUCAAGCCACAUGACUGAUCCUCAGGUGAGAUGGUACUUGAAGUAACUAGGAUUUCCAGGAAGAAACAACAAAAUGCAGAAGUUCAAACGCACAGAAUAAUAACAAGCAGAGAGAGUGGUUAAAGCGUACAGCAGUGAGCCAGACAGAAGGGUUUAAAUGCUUUGUAUGCUUCACAUGUAGAAAGCUCUGCUGCCUUCACUCUCCAACACACACCAGAGGGAUGACCAGAACCUCCUUCUGGAUUCAUAGCACUGCGUAGCAUUUGGGUUCAGUUCAGUGACUCAGUAGUAGUAGUAGUAGAUUUAAAGGCAUUUUGUAGUGUGGUCCUACCUCAUUCUCAGCACUUUGAAAUAUCUUGUCUACCUUGACAGUCUCAAUUGCAACUUUGUCUUAUGUUCUGAUGCAAGGGUAUCUUUGCUUGAGUGGGAUGGAUUUGUAUCUCAAACUCAACCACUCCAGUCUUGAAACAACCUUGGACUGACUUUUCUGUGUGGUGUUUUGCUUAGUAACACCUAGCUUUUCCCUUUACAAUGAUUACAUCUACAACACCUGUUCACUUCUGUUAUACAGAGAUAGUCCAAGCUCCACUUAUGUUUGCAUUCAACAACUGCAGCUCCUAUAUAGCUGUGUUAGUGCCCAGAGGUGUCUAUGCCUGAAGGCCUUAGUGUCUUCCAAACAGUACAGUACAACAGUACAACCAUAUCCUUUUAGCUGUUACGAAAGGCCGUACUUGAAGCACGGCAAACAAGUCCACUGUUCUAACCUCUUAGUUCCUGAGUCCCACUGGCUCGGCAAACAAGCAAGAAUUUGGUGUCUUUUGCAUGUCUUUGUUGUAGAGGUCAACUGAUAACAGUUUGGAACAGAAUAGCUGAUUAAUAGGCCAAUAUCUCACUGACCCCCUCUGCAGAAAUUCAAAGUAAGUACUAAGUCAAAGUAAUACAUAACUAAAUAAAUAUAUCAAUCUGGAACUAAACAUCAAAUUUAUCAUAAAAAAAUCUAGGUCGGAGUGUUUUUUAAUUAUUAGGCUAAUCAUUUUCCUCAAAGUCAAACUGAGAUUCUGAAGCAGUCAAUGACAUUACCUUGACUUUAUGUAUGAAGAGUUCAUGCAACCGUGAUCAGAGAUGGGCAGGAUUUCUGUGAGUUGUAUUUGAAUUAUGUAUUUCAAGUACUGUUGAGCAUUUUAUAAUUGCUAAAAAAAUUAAGUGUGAUUUAAAACAAGAUACUUAAGAGUGGCAUAAUUUUCUAUUUUCAUUCAUUUUCUGUAACCACUUAUCCUGUUAGGGGUCAUGGGGAGACAGCUGACAUUGGGCAACAGGGGGGUUGCCAAACUAUCACAGGGCUGACACAUCAAGACAGACAACCAUUCACGUUCACAUUCACACCUAUGGACAAUUAAGGAUCAAUUACCCCUAACCUGCAUGUCUCUGGACUGUGGGAGAAACCUGGAGAAAAACCCAUGCUGACACAGGGAGAGCAUGCAAACUCCGCACAGAAGGGUUCCCCUACCCUGGGUUUCGAACCAGUAACCCUCUUGCUGUGGGGCGACAGUACUAACCACUGCCACAACCACAAACAGUGACAGAAGUAUUAGUGUAAAGAAUAAAACUAAACAAAAUACACACAAAACAGAAGUUUUUAUUUGUGUGUGAAUUUAAAUGAAUGUGCUUCUUUUUUUAAUGUUCAAGUUGAUUUAAAAAGUUGUGAAGGUGCAGGACUCCAUGAACUUAGAGAUGGCAGGAGCAAUUCUGAUCUAAGGACAACAGAAAGGGGCUUAUUUGCAGUCAGUGUUGAAGCACCUUGACACACUGGUUGCUGUACUUGUUGAAUGCCUACACAACUCUAGCUGUGGAAAUACGAAGAUGUUCAGUUUUGAGAUAUGACUUUAAUUUUUCACUUUUUCCUAAAGCACUAGUGUAGCACAUAGAAACUCUGUUUUUUACUGAGAUGUUGAUUCUCUGACCUGCAGUGUUCAAUACACGUUUCUUCGUUUCUCCUAACAUAGUUAAAAGACUGCAUUGCUGUGGUAAUAAGCUAAUCGAGGAUCUUUAAAUCAUCACUAUGCUAAAACUGUGCAGUGCCCCUACUGUCACUGUAUUUUCUGUAGGAGCCGUUUCAUUUAGUUCUCUUCAAACUAGCAAUGAUUCCACUUGAAAACACUUUACACUAUGCAAAAUGUUUCACUGCCUCACUGUAAACACCGUACAGAGCCACACUGUUCUCAAACAGUUGGGUGUAAUAUCUUGAACUUUUUUUCUUUAGUACAUAUUUCCAGUGUGUACAGAAAUGUAUGUUGUGUUAAAUAAGAACUGCUUUUUUUAAUGAAGCUGACAGGAGCCAUUAGAUGUUUGAGAAAGCAUCAUUUUUUUUGUUUGUUUUUUGUUUUGCUGUAAAUAUGUUUGACAACUUUUAUUGGAAUAAAUGAUCA